UGCGCUCGCCGUCCCGCCCGGCCGCCCCGCGCGGCUCCUUCCCUCUAUGGAUGGGAAGGCAGCACCCAACGGCGUGGCCACCAUCGAGGACAGGAUCCUGCGCAUCACCGGCUAUUAUGGAUAUUACCCGGGAUACUCCAGCCAGAAAAGUGCCUCACGAUCAUCUGUCAUCCAAUGCAAGCCAGGAGGCAACUGCCCCAGCAGACACAGAGGCAUGACUAGGCAGCUCUCCCCUCUAUCUGUUGCUGAAGAUUCUGCUGCUCCCAUUCUUGAGCUGCAGAAUCGAAGUCCCUCGGGAAUCUGUCGGCACAGCAGAGUCGAGAGGCAGAGCAGAUCAGGAGAGGAAGGAACACAAACGCACACAGAGAGCAGCAGCCAAGAAGCUGAAGGACAGACACGAUGCCAGUCUUGCACAUCCACAUUUCUCAAGCUAAUCUGGAGAUUCCUGAUCAUUUUGUCCGUCUCUUCCUCCUGGGUUGGGACCACGCAGUUUGUCAAAAUCACUUUUGAGACCUUUGACUGUCCCUUUUUCAUGACUUGGUUCUCAACAAACUGGAACAUUAUGAUUUUUCCCAUUUAUUAUUCCGGGCACCUUGCAACUGCGCAGGAAAAGCAGUCUCCAAUCAAAAAAUUCAGGGAAUGCAGUCGGAUUUUUGGUGAAGAUGGUCUGACGCUGAAACUCUUUCUUAAAAGGACUGCUCCCUUUUCUAUUCUGUGGACUUUGACUAACUACCUGUAUUUACUGGCUUUAAAGAAGCUCACAGCCACAGACGUCUCUGCCCUGUUCUGUUGUAACAAAGCUUUUGUCUUCUUGCUUUCUUGGAUUGUGCUCAAAGACAGGUUCAUGGGAGCAAGGAUAGUGGCAGCAAUAAUGGCAAUCACAGGAAUUGUAAUGAUGGCAUAUGCAGAUGGUUUCCAGGGUGAUUCCAUUAUUGGGGUGGCCUACGCCGUGGGAUCAGCCUCCACGUCUGCACUCUAUAAGGUUUUGUUCAAAAUGUUUCUUGGGAGUGCAAACUUCGGGGAAGCAGCUCAUUUUGUGUCCACCCUGGGCUUCUUCAACUUCAUCUUCAUCUCCAUCACCCCCAUCAUCCUCUACUUCACAAAGGUGGAGUACUGGUACCCCUUCUCUGCUGUGCCGUGGGGUUACCUGUGUGGAGUAGCUGGCCUCUGGUUAGCUUUCAAUAUCCUGGUGAACGUUGGGGUGGUGCUGACCUACCCCAUCCUGAUUUCCAUCGGCACCGUGCUCAGCGUCCCUGGAAAUGCAGCCGUGGACCUGUUGAAGCACAAGAUGAUCUUCAGCGUGGUGCGGCUGGGGGCCACCAUCAUCAUCUGCAUCGGCUUCCUGCUGAUGCUGCUGCCCGAGGAGUGGGACGAGAUCACCCUGAGGUUCAUCAACAGCCUGAAGGAGAAGAAGAGCGAGGAUCACUCCGAGGACAUGACGGAAUCCAGCGUCCACACGAGGAGCAGGAGCAGAGCCAACGGGACGGUGUCCAUCCCGCUGGCGUAGGGCUGGAGGAGCGUCCCUGCACGCAGAUGUGUAUUCUGUGAAUAUAGCUUAACUUUCCUCACCACCUGUAUGCUUCAAAAAAUGUCAUCUAACCUGAGCAGGGGAUGAACUGUAAGAUAAGAGAAGUACAUCUAUAAUAAAUGUUUACAUUUAUACACUUAACAAGGAACGGGUGUAAAUAACUACAAUAAAAUCUUUUGUAA